UGGCUGCAAGUGGGGCCCUGAGCUGGGCUCGGUGGGGGGCCCCAGGGCCUGAGGCAGCACUGAAGGGCUGGGGAAAGUCAGAGGAGGGUGUAGGAAGCCAGCCAAUCACCAGGGGUUGGAAGGAAGAAAACAGGGCCCUCAGGAGAAGGGACUGGGUGAUUCAAGCAUGGAAAAUGAGGGCCCACUGUGGGCUAGACAUUAAGGUGAGCCGAGGCUGAGGGAAGUCCCCAGGCGAAGGACAAGAAAGUCAGGGUGAUGAAGGGCUGGUAUAGCUGGCAGUGAAGAACUUGAGCUUAGAGUUAUCCAGACCCAGAUUUGAGUUACAUGUCCAUUACUUAGAAGCGGUAUGAUCUUGGGCAAUUUAUUUAAUCUCUCUCAGCCUGUUUCCUCAUCUGUAAAUUGGGGAUAGUUAUAUUUAACAGUACCUGCUUCAUAGGAUCCUUGUGAUUAAAUAGAUCCUUCAUACAUAAUGCCCGGCUGGUAGGAAGCGCUCGACAAAAGCUGGAGAGCUGGGGGAAGGAGUAGAAGGUGAGCUGAGAUGAAUGGAUGGGGAGCAGAGACAGGUGGCCUGCAGCCCCCUGAGCCCUCUUCUGCUGCAGGGCCAGCUGGGUACCUGCGGAGGGCCAGUGUGGCCCAACUGAACCAGGAGCUGGGCACUGCCUUCUUCCAGCAGCAGCAGCUGUCGGCUGCUAUGGCGGACACAUUCCUGGAGCACCUCUGCCUGCUGGACAUAGACUCGGAGCCUGUGGCCGCUCGCAGUACCAGCAUCAUUGCCACCAUCGGUCCAGCCUCUCGCUCCGUGGAGCGCCUAAAGGAAAUGAUCAAGGCUGGGAUGAACAUAGCGCGACUCAACUUCUCCCACGGUUCCCACGAGUAUCACGCUGAGUCCAUCGCUAACGUCCGGGAGGCAGUGGAGAGCUUUGCAACUUCCCCGCUCAGCUAUCGGCCGGUGGCCAUCGCUCUGGACACCAAGGGACCGGAGAUACGCACUGGAAUCCUCCGGGGGGGCCCAGAGUCGGAGGUGGAGCUAGCGAAGGGCUCCCAGGUGCUGGUGACCGUGGACCCAGCAUUUCGGACGCAGGGGAACGCGGACACCGUGUGGGUGGACUACCCCAAUAUCGCCCGGGUCGUGCCGGUCGGGGGCCGCAUCUACAUUGACGACGGGCUCAUCUCCCUCCUGGUCAAGAAAAUUGGUGCGGACGGGCUGGUGACGGAAGUGGAGAACGGCGGCGUCCUGGGCAACCGAAAAGGGGUGAACUUGCCGGGCGCCCAGGUGGACCUGCCUGGGCUGUCCGAGCAAGAUGUCCGGGACCUGCGCUUUGGGGUGGAGCAUGGCGUGGACAUCAUCUUCGCCUCCUUUGUGCGGAAGGCCAGCGACGUGGUGGCCGUCCGGGCUGCUCUGGGGCCGGAAGGGCAGGGCAUCAAGGUCAUCAGCAAAAUCGAGAACCACGAAGGCGUGAAAAAGUUUGAUGAAAUCCUGGAGGUGAGCGAUGGCAUCAUGGUGGCCCGGGGUGACCUGGGGAUCGAGAUUCCAGCUGAGAAGGUUUUCCUGGCUCAGAAGAUGAUGAUCGGGCGCUGUAACUUGGCCGGCAAGCCCGUAGUCUGUGCCACACAGAUGCUGGAGAGCAUGAUCACUAAGCCCCGGCCAACGCGGGCAGAGACGAGUGACGUGGCCAACGCUGUGCUGGACGGGGCAGACUGCAUCAUGCUGUCGGGGGAGACUGCCAAGGGCAGCUUUCCUGUGGAGGCUGUAAAGAUGCAGCACGCGAUUGCCCGUGAGGCAGAGGCUGCGGUCUACCACCGGCAGCUGUUCGAGGAGCUGCGUCGGGCAGCACCACUGAGCCGUGACCCCACUGAGGUCACCGCCAUAGGUGCUGUGGAGGCUGCCUUCAAGUGCUGUGCGGCUGCCAUCAUCGUGCUGACCACGACUGGCCGUUCAGCCCAGCUUCUUUCUCGAUAUCGACCUCGAGCAGCAGUCAUUGCUGUCACUCGUUCUGCCCAGGCUGCCCGCCAGGCCCACCUAUGCCGAGGAGUCUUUCCCUUGCUCUAUCGUGAACCUCCAGAGGCCAUCUGGGCAGACGAUGUGGAUCGCCGGGUCCAAUUUGGCAUUCAAAGUGGAAAGCUCCGUGGCUUCAUCCGUGUUGGGGACCUGGUGAUUGUGGUGACAGGCUGGCGGCCUGGCUCCGGCUAUACCAACAUCAUGCGGGUGCUGAGCAUAUCCUGAGAUGUCCCUCCCAUCUCUGGCCCAGACCACCCCUGAUCCUGCUCCUUCCUCCUGGCAUCCUCCACCCCACCUCUGAGUGAGCCUUCUCUCUACCCUCAACCCUCCCAAAGUUCCUGUCUGAGGCCACAUCUGCCAUCUAGCCCCAUUCCAAAGAGCCCUUUCCCUCUGGCCAUGUCACAUAGGCCCUGAAAGUCUGUGUCCAGUUAAGCACUGCCCACCCAGCAGCACCAAUUGUACAUCCUCUGUAUCCAGUCCUCUCAUCUGGGCACUGAGAUACUUUGAGCCUUUAAUCCCAGCUUGGCUGAUUAAUUCU